GUUUUGUCAAGAACUCGCGUCCAAGUGCCUACCUGCGCACUAUUGACUAAACCACGGAAAUGUAGGUGGGUUACUGUGUCCAGACUUAUUUAACAAGUUAGCUACCUAUUCUGAUAAUGGAAUAAAGUGACCGCUGGUCGAGCACAACGGAUGUUUGCUUUAUAAUUGGGAUAGCGACGUUCUGUGGCUAGUGGGUCACUGGCUAGUCUCCACGGCGAGGUUGGUUAGGUAAGAAUAAUUACCAGACAUCAAGGUUGCGCCUAGCAAGCUAGAAGUCCGAUACAUUUUAAUGUUUAAUUGGGUCUGUUUCCAUUGUUUUGGCAGGUACUCUGCGUAGAGUUGAGCGCCUUGCUGAACUUGUCGUUUCCACCCAAAUUUGCUCCACGUCGACUUCUAAAGUUAUCUUGAUAUCACAGCGAGCUACUAAAGCUAGAGCUAGCUAGCACUUCGAGCCUCGACUGUCUCGUCUGCUGAUGAGAAAGUAAAGGUAGUUAAUAGCUAGCUUGGUCCGUUUGAUUGUUAGCCAUUUGAUGUAAUGUUUAGAUCAACUUUAACAUGCUUGGGGAUAGAUGUUAGUUAGAAUGUGAAAAAGUAUGUAGCCUUGUACGUGAUAUUUUCCCACCAAUGUUAACUAGUACGUUUCGGUUUUAGGGAACACAGGUGUGUCUUGGUGUUCACUUCUUCUGCCCAACCUUCAAUUGUUUUCAAGCAUUUGUUUUUAAUGCAAAGGGCCUGCAUUAAGUUGUAGAAAGGUUAAUUAAACAGUCUAAAAAAGUUUUUUAGUACCGUAGAGUAGAACACAAUUAGACAGGCAACGGGGCGUUAUGGCAGCUGUGGUAGGACGAGUUUGGAGCUGGGUGCGUCCAGCAAUCCCAAACCUCCCAUGGAGCAGUAGCGCAGUGUCAGACAUGAGGGACGAACAUGUGAUAGAAGAGAAACGGCAUAUUAGAGGCCGUUGGGGAUUGGGAACUUUGACAGCCUGGGUUUGGGGAAGAAGCAGCAAGCUAAAUGACCAAACUAUAGUAAAUGAAGAGUACAUCGAGGCAGAGGAGAAACUACAGCCAAUGGAAAUUAAGGAUUUGUGUGCAGAGAAGCAGAAGACUGAAACAAAAGCAGAACAUGCCCCUAGAUGGUGGAACAAGAUUCUUCCCUCCUCGAACUUAUUUUGGCCGAGAGAAUCUGGGACUUCUAGGCUCAGACAAAGGAAAUGUAUCGGUUGGAGCGACGCAGAUUGGGACUUGGAUCACGACGAGGAGUUUUCUGACUAUGGAACCCCUCCACCCUCUCCCACGCCUCCCUCUUUUCGGCAAUCACUUUAUUUCCGUCUCUUUGCACAAUCCUGGAUGGGGGAAAUAGUGCCUGAGCACUUUGAAAUUUGCUUCAACUUUAUCCGCCACCUGUUUGAUCUGUUUGUGGUGGGGUUCCUCUGGACUGUCUCCCCACCUGCCAAAUUCAUCCUGGAAGUGUUGGGGGUUCAGGGGGCCCUAAAGCUGUGGCUACAUGGAAUGGCUCUGUUCUUUGUCUCCACUGUUGGAAUGGCAGGAUUGCUUCUACUGAUCCAGGAGUUUCUCCCACAGUUUGCUCUGGUCUAUGGUAUUGUGCAGGCGUUGGUCAUCUCUGUCAGUGUCCGGCAGAGCGUGAUUCUUGGAGAGGAUGAUCCACUCAAGGAAGACAUGGAAGAAAAGUUGGAUGAAGAGGAAUUAAAAGACAAUGAUGAGCAUACAGAGUUGCACCUGACUACAAAGGAAGGAUUGUGCCUUACGUAAGUUAUUUUGGCAACCCUGUUUGUAUGUGGCUGACAAUUCAAGACAAUUCCAUGUUCCAAGCUGAGCCCAUGGGUCUAAUACUAUGUGCAAUGAAGGGAAAAAUAAUAAGCAUCUGAAAGCGAACAUUUCAUUGUGAAGACUACUCUAAAUGGAGCAGUGGCAAAGCAUUUUCACUACAUACUUGGUCAUUCUUACAAAUGUGUAUAUAUUAUAUUUACAUAUAUACUUUUCAUGAUCAAUUUUUUUUUCUUCUAUUUGUUACCAAAACGUACCUUCCUGUGUGUCUAAAAGAAAUGCAAACCUGGACAUGUUUGAUUCUGACAUGUUUGGAAAUGGACUUGACUGAAUGAAUACCACUCUUUCAGUAGAUUUAAUAUUCACUCAAUACCAGCACCUUUUGACAUGCAAUGUUUUGUCAUGUAUAGAAAAUUAAAUAGGCUUUUUUACUUUUACAUUUUUCAUGGUUAGUAAACCUAAUUUCAUAAGAAUAUCCCCAGUAUUAAAUAACAUUAAUUUAUUCUCAGUGAUCCUUUGUAAAUUGUUUUGCAUAUGAUUUUACUAUUUGAUAUUUAAAAAUGUCCUUUGCCUUGUCACAGUUGGGGCUCUUCUUGGGGCAGACCUAAGAGAUCCUACUUUUAACAAAGAAUGCUUCGUAACACUCCCAUGUAAACAACUGUGAACCUCUUGAACACAAUUUGCGAUGCAUUUUUGAUGCCUUAUCUAUGCAUGUCAGAAAGGGGCUUUAAAGUAUCCAUGCUGUAAAUGAAAUGUUUUUUUUUUUAUAUAGCAAAAGUGAGAGUCCAAAGCAAUCACAAACAUUUGCCCAUUGAAUAUUGAUAAUAUCGGGGGGGGUUCUUCCUUUUUACUCACUGUGUGCGUUUUCAUUAAGAUUUUAUCAGGUUCCAUCUUUCGUAUUGUGAAGAAACUUAUCUUUGUAAUUUAGAAACCUAAACCUUUUUGAAUUGCUGGAUCACUGUUCAAGUAACACUAAGGUCUUAUAUUUGUAAAAAAUUAAAAAAAAACAGCAAAGCCAUGAGCCAUGCCAUGGCUAGUUGAAUGUUAAGGUGGUGUGUUUCUCAUAAGGGUUAAGGGGAGAAGUAUGCAUGUGACGGGAAGGAGCCAAGACCUAUAACUGUCCAUCUAGAUUUGUGACUGUUCUGACCCCCAUCACUGUACACUGAGCCGAAAAUAGUUCCACUGGGUAAAUAAAGUUGACAUAUUUUUCAAAAUUUUA